GGAAUAUGUCCACCAACUUGUAAAGCGGUGUAUUAGAUACGAAGCGCGCGUGUGUGUCAGUGUUUCUUAACAAUGGCCAGGAAACGAGGAUGAUGGUGAUCAUGUUAGGAACAUGUCAGCCUAUGCCUAGAAGAAACCAUCCUGUACUCACAUUGGAAUGACCCUUUCAGUUUAUUAGCUCUUAUACUGAUACUUCCUACAACAGACUCCAGAAGAGGUGGGCAUGUGUGAGCAAACAGAGGUACAGUACUUAGAAGGUGAUGUUGUGUGGGUGAAAUUGGGUUCAUGUUGGUGGCCUGGUGAGGUACAGGAUAUUACAAAACUACCAGAAGAGGUGCGAGAAGAUUUGCGGAGAGAUCUUAUUGCAGCUGUCAAAUUCUUUGAUGAAGAUAAAUAUGAAUAUGUACAUAAACUGGAUCACAUUUGCAUGUACAACUGCAGGCGGAAAAUGGAGUUUAUCAAGAGAGGUUUGGAUAUGUACCGUACCAAGAAGAAAGAAGGCUCGGCCUUUAUGGAUAAAUUUCCUGCUGAUGUAGAAAAGGCUGAGUCUAUGACAGGUGGUGAUCCACAGAUUCUGUCAGACAGUGAGUUUGCUCCAAAGGAGAAAACAACUUGGAAGACAAUAUUUUGUGAAGAUAAGAAACCUGUUUCUCCCACUGAGUGGUUUCCAAAGCCAGCAAAAAUGAAUAAGAAUUCAGCAGUUACUCCAGAAGUGCAAAGCCAUAAGCCUACUGUUCGUCGUCGUAUAACCCACCCACGUCUUCUCAGAAUACUGAGAGGUGAGGAGGCAGAUCAUGAAGUACGGAUCAGGCCGCAGCCCUCUGUUAACAAUAGUGCUUCAGAGAAGAGUGCACCCUACCAUUGCCCAACAUGUGAUUUCACUAGUAACCGUCUGAAUGUAAUCAUACUUCAUAACAAGUAUCACUCAAAUAUGCCACUAGCUAACCGUGGUCGAGGUAAAGGAAAAGUUUCUUUAAAAGCAGACAUUUCAUUAGGAUCCCCAGCAGGGAGAGGAACUGCUAAAGGUCGAAUGAAGCAGAGUCAGAGCAACGUAUCUACGGAUGGGUCGAAGGAAAGAGAUUAUCAUUCAGACAGUGAACCUCCUAUAAAAAUAGUUCGAACUAAAGACAAAGUUAUCAAAAUGGAUAUAAGUCCAGACAGUUCAGCUUGUGACAAGCUUAAUGAAAGAACUGAACCACAAGCUGAUAAGCCGUCAGAAAAAAAAAUGGAAAGGAAACCUAUAUUUGGAAAGAGAAAGGGUUCAAAGAAAAAAGAAAUACCACCAAAGAAAAAGAAGACAAAUGAAGAAAUCAGAGAGAAAUUGUUGGCAGAUUGGGAAGAUGAUGAUGAUGAUGAACAGGAAGAACAAGAAAUUGAGCUAUUAAAACAAGUAUUAAACAAGAGCUCCAAACCAGAAAAUACAACAAGAGCUAAAGAGAUGUCGUGCUUUGACUUUGAUGAGAGUGCAGACUCAAUGUUGGAUGUAGAGCUUGAAGAGAGAGCUAAAAAGUUUGCAGAGAACCUCAGGUUCCCCAGAGUCACAGAGGACAGAGAUUCGGUACAGAAACAAAAGAACCCUGAAGUGAAACAACAUCAGUCUUCAUUUGCUGUCACUAGAGAGGUUGAUACGUGGUCACAGGAAACUGCAGAAGCUGUGGACAAUAAUGAAUCUUUGUUGCAUGAGCGACACCACAAGGAAACAGUGAGUACAGAGGACUGUGAAUCAUCUUCUAUAUUGGCAAAUGAAGAUGUGCAGGAAAUAAUGACUGGCACACAUGAAAGGGUGAGUGGCAAUGGUACAGAAACGGAAGAAAAGCCCUCAGAAGUAAUGAGCUUCACAAAUACAUACGGAGAGAACAUUGACCAUAAAUUUCUGGAAAACACAGGAAUGGAUGUGCCACAAAACCCAAGUAGUGGUGAGGACUCUGGCAUAAAAGUUAAGACAGAAGACUCAAAUGAGUUGGAAGAUUUGAAAUCAGAAUUUGAAACUGUUAUGGCAGAAACAGUUAUUCCUGAUCUGCCAACAGUGCCAGAAAAUAGACUCCUUUCAGAAAGAAAAUCUCUUUCUGUAUCUGAGCUAGAUGAAGGAAUUACUGAAUCCUUAGAUGGCAGAGGUGAUGAUUGUGAUUAUAGUACAAAACCUGACGAUUCUCCUCAGCAUGAGCAAAAAAAUGAAAGUUUUUUAUCUGAACAAAAAGAUUAUAAAGAUGAAUCUCUCACCUUGAAGACAGAAUUUUCAGAAACUGAGGAGGAGAAAAAUUUACUGGAAUCAAACUUUGAAUCAGAAACUUAUGUUGAGAAAAAUGAGUUAUCAAAUCUGGAAGUAGUGAAAGACCACCCUGCUGAGAGCAGUGAGAAACAGUUUAAAGAGCCAAAUGUGACAGAUCAGAUGUGUCAUACAAGUGAAAAUGAAGAUGUUCAAAACUUGGCUGCAAAUGAGGAAUCUUCUCCAGAUAAAAACUCUGUACUCCCUGUAUCAGAAAAUAGUUCAAAUAUGCAAAAUUUUCUGCCAACUGAUGAAAGAGAAGUAACAUCAGAUAUAAAUACUGAUGAUCAGGUUGAUUCUGAAAAUCCUGAAGAGAUCCCUGAAUCUACAGAGCAGAAUGAGUUACUGUCUUUGCAAAUAAAAGAAACUACUGACAAAUUGGAAAGUGAGAAUCAAGGAAAUUCUGGCAGCAAAGUGCUUGCUGGAUUAUCAGAAGAAGAAAUUUCAAAGCCAGUGUCAUGUCCAGUAAUAGAUAAUCAAGUUUCUGAUGUUGAUAUUGUGGACAAAGUCGAACCAGAUGUUGGGAAAGAUUCUUCUGAAACGACAGAAGAGAAAUUUGUGUGUGACAGUGAAAAGCUCUCUCUCCAGGAAACUGAUACGAUUGAUGAUGAUGAUGAACUUGAUAUAAACUCCAUGCCUGUAGUAAUGACUGAUGCUGUUAUUAAGGAGGAGUUAGAUGUGAAAGACACCAUUAAACAAUUUUCUGCUAUACAGCCAGUUGUCGUUAGUGCAGCAAAUAUUGAUGGACAGUUGUCUUCUGCAUCAGUGUUAGUUCCAGCUUCUGCUGAAAGUGGAUCUUUAAUGACACCUGUUUCUUCGGUGAAAACAGCGCAUGGUGGUAACACAGUUUUGAAGAUUAUAAAAUCUUCUCCUGCUCAAGGUACAAAUGUUAGUGGUUUAAAGUCAGUACUACCACAUAAACCAGGUAGUAAGUAUGUAAUUAUACAGCAGAGCCCUGGUCAACAAGUGCGAUAUCCUGGAAAACCUCUUCAGCAAUGUGUUACCCUAAAAACUAUAAACCAGCAACAGGGAAACAAUGGUUCAACAAAGAAAUUAUUGAUAAUGAAGACUUCACAGAGCACUGGCUCUUCAGAGGUCCAGUCGGUACUUACAACGAGCAGUAAGAUUCCAACAUUUGGGCAGCGAGUGAUCACAAGCUCAGGUGCAAUUGUCACUGCAGUUCCUUCUGGUAAAGCAGUUUUACCAAAAGGUGCAAAGAUAGUGCCCAUGCCUCAACAGCAAUUAAAAGUUUUUACAAGUACUGGAAAACAGAAACAAAUUGUUGCACCCAAAUUAGCUAUGCAGAGCACCAAGGCUAAAGUCUCCUUACCCUCUAUGCAGAGUCUUCAGAAAGUUAAUGUGCUACAGACUUCGACUGGGAGAAUUGUGGGUACUACCAGUAAAUCAAAGAGCAGUACAAUAUUGAUUCAUUCACCACAGGUUACAUCAUCUGUGCAAUCUAAACAAGGCAUCAUCUCGAGUAGUCACUCCACUCAGAGUGUCCCUCAAGUAAGCCUGAAACCACAGUUAGUAAGAGGUAAACAAAUCCCUUCGCCUGGAACAUCAUUACAGCGUGUUCUUCUGACUACUGGGACACAGUCUUCACUCCAACCACAACAGCAGAGACCAAUAAUGACAAAACCUUCUUCACAGCAGAGAAUGCUUGUGCAAAGGCUACAAGUUCCAAAAUCAGCAACUGUUGUUGUCUCUACUGACAGUAUUAAAAAGACAACAUCAGGUAUUAGUACAGGUCAGGUGCCAAAUACUUCAAAAAUAUUACCUCACACACAGCAGAAAGGUACCAUUCAGACAAUACACCCAAAAGGAAGAGUACUGGCAAUACAAAAUGCAAAACAGAAAUUACCAGCAAAAAUUUUACAGCCUGCAAGUGUAUCACAGUCACUGCAAUCUGUCCAAGUUCUUCAAGCAGCAGUGCCAGCUGAAGCUGCUGAACACCCCGUAAGUGGAACCAAUAUUCUUAUUCCGUCAUCGGCAUCAUCUGGUACGACAGUAAACAUCCAACAUUCACCAUCGUCUGGAUCCAUAUUGACAUCAGAACAACUGGCUCAAAUGAUGGGGACAUCAGGACAAAUUGCUACAGACUCUGGCACUUUGGUACUUGUUACAAUAAAUGAAUCAGGUAAUUUACAACCCUUUGACAAUUCAACACUGGUGGCAUACGAUACAUCAGCUGCACCAGAUUCUAAAGCAGCCAAUGCUCUGUAUAUUGAUUCAUCAACUUUGGGAUCUCAGAAUGAUCUCGAUAAAUUGAUAUUAACGAUAAAUAAUCAAGCUGCUACUACAAGUGGUGUUGUAAAUAUGGAACAGCACUCUCCUUCAGUUUCACACGAUCAGCAGUGCACUGUCUUCAGUAUUGCUAAUAAUAGCCAGACAGCUGCUCCAGGUGCCUGCAAUCAGGACAUAUUAGCAGCUGCUUUGGCCAAUACUGAUGUUUUCCAGCCAGAAUCCACUAAUGUUGUAGGUGAUGCUUUGACUAUCAACCACCCUGGAAGUCCUGGAAGACUUUUGGAGUCGUCCUCACUCUUAACUGUUUCAUCCACAACAUUGCAUCAAGCUGCUAUGCUGCUUCCGUCAGUCACAACUGCUGGGCUGCCUCCUGCAGCUCCAGGUGUUUUAGAGACAUCGCUGACACUCAACCAGCCAAUAAUGACUCCAUUGGAAGUACCAUCAGCUGUCACUCAUCUUGAAAGUCCACCACCACCACCGCCCUCCACAUCAAUGCAGUUGACUCAGUCAUCUCUUGUUAUUCCUACUUCUGCAUUUUCAUCAAUAAAUUAUGCCCCAGAAACAGCACCAUCAACAGAGUCUCCUGUUUCCAGCUCGACAGUGAUGAAAGCCUUGCCCAGUUUGCAGCUACCUGUGCAAUAUGUCUCUGAAGAGGUCAGUGAAUCAUCACAAAUGCAAGAUAAAAUUGGAGAUACAGUUGUUCCCCCUUCUAGCUCAGCUGAAGCUUCACAAAAAAAAGAUAAAGUGUUACCUUCUUUUGAGAACAUUUCUGAGGGAGUCACAAGUUCAGAGGUUGCUGGAAAUUCGUGUUCAAAGUACAGUUCUCUUGGUGAAGCAGCAUCUGCACAAGUCCCUGAAAUAUCAUCUCCUCAGGAAAAUACAGUCAAUUUCAACAGCAUCCAGCCAGAAUUUCAGCAGAUGCCAGAGAGCACAUCAGAAACACCGUGUUGUACAAAAAAGCUGACUGACCAAGCUGUCUCUACAUCAUAUGUCACAGAUGUUAAAGAUAGUUCUGAUGGGAUAGGUUCUUCUGUCCACAUAACCAGCACUCCAGUGGUAUUUUCACAUCAGCUAGAGAGCACUUCAGAAGCAAUUGCUAGAAAAGCUUCAGAUACUGCAGCUGCUGAGGAAGAACAAUCACCACAUCAUGAAGACCAGUCAUCUGUGAACUGUGUAGAAAGCACAUCAGAAAACAUGUUAAUGGAUGCGAAUGUGUCAACUCAUCAAUUGGCUGCUAUCGAAGAUGCAGAAAGCACCUCAGGCAUACCUGAGGAGACAAAUUCCAGUUCCACUGCAGUUAUCGGAGGUCACCAAAUCGUAUCAUCAGUGUGGGCCGAAAGUGGGAAUAAUUCAGAAACUGCUCCAGCAAAAGAAGAAAGUGAAAGGUAAUGACAUGAUUUUAAGUAAAUUGCAAGCUGUCAUUCAAAAAUAGAGAGAGUGCAGCUGCAGUAAGUGGGAAAGAUUUUAGUUGAUAAUUCAAAACUGCACACAAAUACCAGCAUAAUGUACAUGGAAACUUUUUAAAUAUUUUUAUUCGUCUUUUACUUGAUUUUAGUAUUCGAACAUGAGUUUGAGAUCUCAUCAAACUUAAAAUUGUUUUGAAGUUAAAUUACUUAUGCUAUAAGUUACAUGAGAGAACUAAAUUGAGCUCAAAAUUGAGAGACUCCUUUACUUUUCAUACAUUAAAGUGGUGUUACUUGUAUGUAGAUUUGUAUUGUUCAUGUAGCAUUGCUGCGUAGUUUUAAAGGAUUUUUAUUAUAGAUAUUGUUUGGGUACCAUAGUAGUUCGUAGGUGAGGAGCACUUUCAAAAAUGAGGUAACAGUGCUUAGUCUCCACACAUCUUUCAUUCACCCAGCUGAUAUAUGUCUUGUUAUUAAUGAAAUUUGAGUUUGUAAAAUGAAACAAGAAAAUUUCUUACUUUGUACCCAAAGGGUGUGACAGUAAUCAGUAAGACUGUGGUUUUCUUUUAUUGUGUUGUAUAUUAGAAUCUCUCUGUAAAUAUGUCUCCUGUCAGAUAUCAGAAUAGUGUCAGAUUUUGUUUUAUAUCAAAUCCUAUAGGAACAUUUUUAUGAAAUUUUUAUUAUUUUAUGACUGUUGUAAAUAUGAAAUUAUUAAUUUCAGUGUAGGCUGAAAAUAUUGAAUGGUGAACAUAUUUUAUUAAAAAAGGUAACUAUGAUAUAUAUACAUUUGUAUGUGUGUGUUCAUGUGUAUGUGCAUAAGACAGAGGUUAUAUGAAUAUGAGGUGCCUGACCAUUUUGUAUACAUGUUUGAAUGUAAUGUGAAUGUCUUUUUGUGCUGACAGGAAUGAAAAGAAUGGAUGCAAGUAUGCACAUAAAGUAUCAUAGCUUCAUAUAAUAAGUAAGAUACAUAAAAUGUUGUCACCACUGAGUUGCAUACUUGGUAUUUGAGUGAGUGAUUUUAUCAGUGAUUUUGUACAUGUGUGUCAAUUAUAUGUACUUUGUAAAAAAUUGUUAAUAUCCAAUACAAUAGGUAUUUGGCAUAUGGUAUUAUGUUUUGUUUCCCUUAGACCUGAAACAACAAGUCCCAUGUUCAUGAUUUUACAUACAUCCACAUGAAGAAAGAAAAAAGGGGAAAAAAGAUAUUUCAACAUGUCCUGUAACAUUUGUGCAAUACACCACCUAAUAUGCAGUAAACAAAUUUUUAUUUUGGCAUUGUU